CAUUGCACAGAUACAGAGCAGGUCCUGGUCUUCUCUCCAGAAUCCCCCUUUAUCCCCGGGGUCUCUCCUUGUCCUGGAGGAUCUCCUCCAACUCUUUCACCAAGGAUGGACAGGAAGGAGAUCAGCAGAAGAAUAUUAGACCUCACCUUGGAGAUCAUCUCCCUGCUGAGCGGAGAGGAUUACACAAUAGUCAAGACUUUGGGGAGGACUCCCAUCAUCCAUCUCCAUAGAUCAGGAACAUGGAACAGGGCCACCAACACAGAGCCUCCCCUCCGGAAACAUGAGCAGAAGGUCCUAGAACUCACCCACAAGAUGAUGGAGCUGCUGACUGGAGAGGUUCCUGUAAGGUGUCAGGAUGUGGCGGUCUAUUUCUCCAUGGAGGAGUGGGAGUAUAUAGAAGGACAGGAGGAUCUGUACGAGGAGGCCAUGAUGGAGGAGCCCCGGCCUCUGACAUUACCAGGUUGUGAUUCCAGGAGGAGAAGUCCCCCCGAGAGAUGUCCCCGUCCUCUGUAUUCCCAGGACUGUCCAGUGGAGAAGCUCCCAGAGAACCAUCAGAUGACAAAUCAGGGGGAAGAUGUGACUGAUAUUAAAGUGGAGGAUGAAGAAGAGCGGAUGAUGGGCGAUCCCCCGUGUAAGAGUGAGGUGGAGGAGGACAUUCCAGUCCAUGUGACCACAGGUAUGGAAUCAUGAAUGGAGGAAGGGAAUUGGGAGGUUUCUUCAGGUGAGGCUCCACCUUAGAGCUGCAGUAAAGGAGCACUCCGGGCAGUGACCCCUGUGUUAUGUGCAGGAGCGG